AUGUAUAUACAAAUUGCAUUAUCAAUUCUGUUUCUUUAUGCUUAAGCAAAAGAAGAAAAUGACUUACAUGUUGUAUUUGAUAAGAAUUCGAAACAAUUCUUUGAAAAGAAUGAAAUCUCUAUGAUCUUCUUCUACACUCCUUAAUGUGGACAUUGUGAAAGAUUCUAACCUGAAGUAGAGAAGGCAGCAAAAUAAUUGAAAGAGGAAGGUUUUGUGUUUGCAAAAGUUGAUGGUCAUAAUUAUAAAGAGAUAGCCAAAUAAUUUGAAGUGAAUGGAUUUCCUUCUGUAGUAUUAUCUUAAGAUCAUGGAAAAAGAUAUAAGAAAUUUGAAGGACCUAGAACAAGUGAUAGUGUUAUAAUGUGGAUGUAUGAAUAACUUAAUGAAGGUACUAAGGAAUUAAAAACAAUAUAAUAAAUCAAAGAUAAGAUAUCAUAAAGCUAAUUGAUGUUUAUCUAUAUGGCUGAAAAUGAUGAAGAUAGAGGAUUUAAAAGAUACAAAGAUUAUAGUCAUGCAUAUGGAAAUUUAGAAUUUUAUCAUACAUUUUUAGAAAACGUAUAAUAAGAAUUAGGGUUUGGACCAACUGAUUCUUUAGUAGCUUAUAAAAAAUAUGAUAAAUCUCCAGUUGUUUAUUAACCUAAAUAAAUCAAGGUAUCUGAUUUAAAGGCCUUUAUUGAAACCAAUUGGUUUUAAAGACUUCAAGAAUAUAGUGAAGAUGUAUAUAAGAAGAUUUUCAAAUAAGAUAGAUCAUCUUUAAUAUUAUUAGUUGAUGAAACAUAAAUGAAAGAUAGAAAUGCUCAUGAUGCUCUAAAAUCUAUUAGUUUAGAUCAUCCUCAUGAAGAUCAUUUAUUAUUUAUCAAAUGUAGUGUUACUAAUCCACUAUUCUCAGAAUUACAAAAAUAAAUUGGAGAUUUCACUGGAACACCAUCUUUAUUUGGAUUAUAAAAGUAUGGAGUCUAUAAGUAUAAAUUUAAUUAAGCAUUUACAAAAUAGAAUUUAGAUUAAUUCAUCCUUGAUUUUAAAAAUGGAAAAGCAUAAAAACAUUAUAAAUCUUAAAAAUUAGAUAAUCCUAUUUAUUCAAACAAUGUUGAAAUCCUUACUGGUAAUUCUUAUUAAAGAGUUAUCAACUCAUAAGAAGAUUGGGUCAUUUUCUAUUAUAAUUCAUAUGAUUCUGAACAGUAUUUAUAUUAAUAUAUCUUAGUCUAUCCCUUUUAUAAGAAUAUGCUGAUAUUGCUAAGUUAAUUGGUUAAAUUAGUAAAGUCAAAUUUGCUAUUGCUGAUGUUACUCAAAAUGAAUUUAAUGAUUUUUCAGAUCCAACUGAUAUCUUCAAAAUUAGAUUAUAUAAAGGAAAUAAAAAUUACACUAAAUUUAUUUAAAAAGUUAAUAAAAUUCAGAGAGAUAGAUUGAUUACCUUUAUAAAAGAACAUUCUAAAUAUGAAUUUAAUGAUGAUCGUAAAGCAGGACAUCAUGAUGAUUUAUGA